AUGUAUUGUGUUCCAAAACUUUUUAACAAUAAAUUUGCUAUUUCCACAUCAACAUCAAAAAUUACUCAUAAACUGAUAAACAAUUUAUCAAAAGACUUUAUCAUUAAUAACAAAUCAUCAUUAUCGCCUUUAUCAAGAUAUUAUGUUACUCAUAAAGAACUAAAAUUUGGUGUGGAAGGCCGUGCUUCUUUAUUAAAUGGUGUGGACAUACUUUCUAAAGCUGUAGCUGUAACACUUGGUCCCAAAGGAAGAAAUGUUUUAAUCGAACAACCUUUUGGUAACUAUUGCGUUGAUCAAUGA